UGGGCGCUGGGUGCGCGGCGCGGCCCGCGGGUCGAGCUCGGAGUCGGUGAGGUGUCUUUCUGGUGCCGUAGGGCAGGAUGUCCUCGGCUCAACGGGAGGCGCUGUCCGAGGAUGAGCUCCGGAAAAGACUCUACCAGACUUUUAAGAAUCGAGGUGUAUUGGACACACUUAAGACACAGCUCCGAAACCAGCUAAUCCAUGAAUUAAUGCACCCGAUUUUAAGCGGAGAACUUCAACCACAAACUGUUACAAGUGAUGAUGGCUCACUUUUGAUCAUAGCUUCCAACAGUUUGGUAGCAGAUCAUCUGCAGAGAUGUGGCUAUGAGUAUUCGCUCUCUGUUUUCUUUCCAGAAAGUGGAUUAGAGAAGAAGAAGCUGUUGACUAUGCAAGAUCUUCUUCAGUUAAUCAGGAUCAAUCCAAAAUCCAGUCUUUACAAAUCAUUGACUUUGAGAACUCAGAAGGAAAAUAAAAAAGGUUUUCUUAUGCAGAUCUUAAUGGAACUGAUUGAGCAUCAUCUAAGUAAGGAAAGUCAUGACACAGAAACUCAGACAAGCUUAAUGCCUCCUUUCAGGGAAUCUCUUGCUGAGAAGCUUCAGCUGAUAGAUGAACAGUUUGCAGACUCUUAUCCCCAGCAUCAGAAAUAUGAAUCUUUGGAUGUAAAACUUCAUGAAUAUAAAAAAGAAAUAGAGAAGCAGCUUCAAGCAGAAAUGUCUCAAAAGCUAGAACAUUUUAAAGAAGUUGAAAUAGCAAAGAUUAAAAUGGAGGAGAAAGUGCAGGCCCAAAAAGAAAUCUCUGAGCUGCGGCGUGAGUUUGAAAGAACACAUCAAGCCAAGUCUGAAGCCCUGAUUUCUCGUGAAAGGAAUGCUAUUGAGAGGCUUCAAAAACAACAAGAGAUUGAAGCAAAGGAAGUAUAUGCUCAGAGACAAACUCUACUGAAAGAUAUUGAAGUCAUAAGAACCAGAGAGGCAGAAUUGAAGCAAAGAAUCGAGGCAUUUGAAAUCACUCAGAAACUUCAGGAAGAAAAGAAUAAAACAAUUGAUGAUGCACUUCGACGUCGAGAGGUUGCCGUGAAGAACAUAGAGGAGACUUAUGACCAAAAGCUUAAGACUGAACUCUUGAAAUAUCAGCUUGACUUGAAAGAAGAAUACAUAGCUAGAACCAGCAGAGUUACUGAAGAUGAGAAGAAGAAUAAAGAGAAGGCUAUUCUUUUGCAUGAAGAAGCCAUUGCUGUUAAUUCAAAAAAAGAGGAACUGAAGCAAGCUAUCUCACGUACGAAAGAGCUUGAGCUGGAUUUGGAGUCAGCGAAGGCCCAGAUUCUGCUGGUAAAUAAACAGAAUCAGUUGUUGACAGAAAAACUGAAAGAGGUUUCAGACUAUCCCUUGCUAAAGGAGGAGAAAUUGGAGCUCCAAGUGCAGAAUAAAAUACUUAGGCAACAGCUGGAGGAGACUCGCAGUGAGAACCAGCAUCUCCGAGACAAACUUGCCCAGCCCUCAGCGGAGCUUCUGGCCUGCCAGGCAGAGUUGAGAAGAAUGGAACAUUCUAGAAAGCUGGAACAGGAUGAAUUUGAAAGUCACAAGCAAUUUCUGGAAAAGCAGCUACAAAGUGAGGUUGAGCGCUGUGCCCAGUUAAAGACCCAGCUGUUGGACUCCGAAGCUACUCUGAGGAAGUUAAACAUACAGGUUGAAGAACUGAAACUGCAGUUGAAACAAACACAGGCAGUUCUAGAAAAUGAAGUGUAUCGGAAUCCAAAGCCUUCACUUGUUGACCGCUCUAUCAUUGACUUCACUGAUGAUAGAAUUGUGCCUCCUGAUAUUUAUGUGGAUAGCGCAUUCUUGAAGACUCAGAUUAUGAAUGAUGUCAUUAAGGGAAAUGCUGUUGCAAGAGCUGGUUAUCGUCAGCAGCUGCAGACACGGAGUGCUUCUCCAGAUUCUGACCUGGAAUGUAUGGCUCAAACCAGGGCUAGAAUAAAAGAACUAGAAAAAGAGGCAGAAUACUUGGAAGAAGCCUACAGAAACUAUCAAAACCGAGUGAUCCAGGAUGCAGCUGCAAGCAGAGCAUCAAGAAAGCAGCAGUCCCCUUUACUUCUACAGUGUGCUACUAGCAGAGCCCCCUUGACUACACAGCAUGAACUUCUAGAGGACAAUCCUAGCUCUCAGCAUUCCCCUCUGAGCAGUCCAAGUGGUCCAAAAUACAUUGGAAGAAUUGGGCAGGUUGAUAUCUUAAAAAAUCCUCUCACACCACCACACAAGAGGGUGUCUUCCUCAAGACGCCUUUCUUCCACUCCUGUUUCCAAAAUGGAAAGAGAUCUCAAUAAAAAGAAACUUUCAGAUGAUACCUGUGGCUCAUAUCUUGCCUCUUCCCAGCAAAGUGUUGACCAGGUGCUUUCUCCUAUUUCAAAACCACGCCAUCUUUCAUCUUCUGAGUCUAUUCCUUCCUCACCAUCCAGUCAUGGAGAGAAAAACAGACUUCAUAAUCAACCAGCAGACAAACAGUAUUUCAGUGAUAUCCUCAAACCAGAGAAACUAAUAUAUGAGGACCUUGAAGAACAUGUUUCUUCCCUUGAAUAUCAGGGGGACAUUCCAGAGCAGUGUGAAAGUGAUGUCUUGCAUCCAUUUGAGGACACUGUCAAUGGAAACCAUGUCACUACCGCUAUGCCAGCAACAGCCUCUUCACAGCAGGACUUGACAGUGUUGGAUCAAAGACAGACUGACCAACAGAAGAGCGAAGAUGAGAAAAAGUUGGAAGAAGAAACAAGAGGUAAAGAAGAAAGAAGACAGAGAGAAGAGCAGGAAGCUUUGGAAAGAGAGCAAAAAGAACUGGAAAAUCUUAAGAAGGACAUGUGUAUCCAAGACCCGAUGAAAAUAGAUGAAGAAAAAAAAGAAAAGGAAAGAGAAAAAUGUGAAAACAGUAAUUCUGGUGCUGAAGAUAACAUAAAGGAUUCGUCUCCAAAUCCAUUAGAAAAAUACAUGAAAAUAAUUCAGCAGAGCAGAGAGCAGGAACUGGCCAACAAGGAUUCAAAAAAGGAAGAAAUGGAAGAAUUAUCACUUAUAGAAGGACUUCUUUCUAGUGAGAAAGAUGACAGUGCUGCAGGCAUUUCUUACGGAGAGGCUGAUGAAAACUUCUGGUGAACAGCUACUUCUAGGUUAUUACAGUAAAAAAUUAAUUUUUAACAGCUUUUUGGCUGUAAGUGAAGCUGUAUGAAAUGUUACAGCCUGUACAAGGAUUGUAUGCUGUAUAACUGUAAACAUACAAAGCUGACACGGAGCCAUCUCAUCAUGAUGUCAGUCAUCAUUGAAUUCAAACAGUGAGUCUAGAUGUGUUACUAAUUCAUAAGGAGGCCUGUCCUUUGAAUGUAGUGACAGGACAAAGCAGUGUAAAGAAGCAGAUGGAUAUGUUCAGGUAGAUUGGUUUGACAUUGAGUCUCUUUACUUUGACAGCUUUUGAAGUGUUGUUUCCCUUCCUCAUUACAUGAUGUUACAAAUAGUAGGUCAAAGAGACAGCGUAAGUAAAAGUAAGUAAGUGUAACAAAAAAAAAAAAAAUCAAAUAUUGCUCGUUUUUAAAGGUACUCUUUGGAGAACCUUGGCUGAUGCAGUUUUAAGAGCAGAGUGUGACACAACCAAAUUAAAUUGCUCCCUUUACUGCUAUUUUAAGGGAAACAGACACUUUUAAAAAGAGCCUUAUUUCAAGCAUCGCUUUUUUUGGUAUUAACCACUUCAGAGCGGAGAGAUUCAAAUAGAAUUGCUAUUUCACUCAUCUUUAUUUAAGCUUUAUAUUUUGUAGGUAGAUUAUAGGCAAUAUCAUUAAACUUUAUUUACAAUAUAAAAUACAAUAUUUCUAAUCAGUGAAGUAGUUUUGAUUGGCAGCAUAUAGUACAACUCACACUCAUUUGUGGCUGCUCACCCUGACCUAAGUAUAAGAACAUGAAGCCAAGUUUGACAGAAGUUAGGGGCAAAAACUCAAGUUCUUACUUGAAUUUAUUGGAUGUUGAAAUGCUGUGUACCAGAAGUGUGACAGAAAUAAAGCUUGUUUUUUAAAAAAAAAAAAUUAAGAUGAAGAGUGAUUUGGUGGCUAGUCCAGUUUUACAUGCUGCUU